AAGUGAUCUAAAAAAAGGAUGUUCAUUUAAUAUUAUUAUGUUACAAAAAUCUACAAAGCUAACUCGAUGUCAAAGAAUUGUUUAGGGUAUUAAGGAUGAUAUGUAAUCUAAAGUGCAGUAGAAACCACUCACGAACAGAUCAACUCGUCUGAAAAAUCUGACUACCGAAUCAUCUCCUAUGAUAUUGGACUACAUACCAUUACCGGAGAAUCCAAAAUUGGAUGCGAUGAUGGACAAUAUCAAGCGUAUAUUGGAUAAGCAUAAGAAACAGCCUUCUGCUCAAUAGGAAUUAAAAAGCAUGCUUUCUGCAAAUCAAGUGAAACAAAUUUAUGGAAGUAGAAGACAUAUGAUUGAAGUACGAUUUAAAGAGUUCUAUAAUUCAAGAUUGGCAAGUCCUCAAAUUCACUCGGAUGUAGUAGUGGAUGUCAGUCCAUAACAGGCUGACUUAAAGUCAUCUCGUUUGAUUCAAUAUCAAAGAAGGAUUGGAUUGGUGAAAAAGAGAGAUUUGCUGGAGGAGAGAAUAUAAGAAAUUGGUUAACGAUAUAGAACAAAAUAAUGA